AUGUCUACUGACGAUCAAAGCAAAGAUAUAGAGCUGGCUCUUCAGGAAGAGGCAGGAAUUACCCUGGUUCAACAACAAGACAAAGUAGAGGAUCCAGCACCAAUACCCCAAUUAACAGAGGAAGAGAUUAGAAAAGCCAAACUUUGUCAAAUAUGUCAAGAAAGAGAUUGGAUUUACACCUGUCCUCGCUGCUUAGCUCACACAUGUUCACUAAAAUGCGUCAAACAACACAAAAAAGAAACGUCGUGCUCUGGAGAAAGAGACAAGACAGCCUAUGUACCAUUACAAAAAUAUACCGAAACACACAUGAUGAGUGACUACACCUAUUUAGAAGAUGUAUCUAGACAAUCUGAUAAUAUAACAAGAAGUAGAAUGGAAACAAAUAGAGACCUCAAAGUGAAAUCAGCCGAGAAUCGAGCAAAAGCAUUCAGCAAAGUAGCACAUCAAUUGGGUAUUCAUUACUCUUCACUACCCGUUGGCAUGAGCAGAAACAAAUUGAAUCAAAGCAACUAUAGUAAAAACCUGAAACAAAUAUUCUGGUCCAUUGAAGUGAAUUUUUGUUUCAACGAUAAGAAGGAAAGAUAUUUGGAACAUUCGUUCCCUCAAAUCAAGCCAUUUUCUGCAUUUUUUGAAAACCUCUUGCUAGCAGAGAACCCUCAAGGCAAAGGCGCUUACAGCACAAUUCGCCAUCAAGUCAAAGUAUUCAUUGAUGCGGGUAUUGACCAAUUUAAUAUUGCAUUGAAAAAAGAGAAAUCGCCUCGAGGACAUUUCGUCAAUGUAACACAUCAAAUCAACGAUAUUUUCAAGGAUGUUUUGAAGGGUGAGCAGAUUAUUGAAUACCCAAUCUUUUACGUCUGGUUGAAAUCCCAGGAACAGCCCUCAGAGAUCUUGGUUCUGGAAGACAAGAAGCAAUUGAUUACCGCAUUACAUUCGGAACAGGAAAAGACGGAAGAUGUUGUUGAGCACACACCCGUGGAAGAAGAAGCAGUGGCGGAUGAAGCAGAAGACAUAGUGACAGAAACAGUGGAUGACACAACUGAUGCACCAGUGGAUACAACAGAACAGGAGGAGUAG